AUGUCUGACAAACCUGACCUGAAAGAGGUCACAAUCUUCGACAAAACCAAACUGAAGAAAACUGAGAAGAACACACCAACCAAAGAAACAAUUGAACAGGAGAAAUCAGGGUCCUCAUGA